CAACUGAAACUGUGAAAACAGAUGAGUAGUUGAACUUAACUUCUCAAGAUUUUAGCGUUCAAGUUGAUUCUGUUGGUAUUAGAUGGACGUAAAAUCAACGUGUCUUUUAUUGUAAAAAAAUGAAAGUGCUCUUGUUGUAAACCUGAAUACAGCAUUUAUAAUAUUUAAGUUUCUAGAAUGAGUCUUAGCUUCAAUUGUGAUCAUCCCAGAUUCGAAGAUAAUUUGUCUGCUAUCCGGGAAUGAAGCAUUGACUACACAUUUCCGGCAAGGAAAAAAACCUUCAAAUUUAAGGUCCUUCGAUGCUACCUCGCAGUUAGUCAUAAAGGAAAGCAAGAAAACGCGAUGUUUUGGUCUAUUGCUAAGCAUUUCCAAGAAAAAAACUAUAAUGAAUGAGACAAAAAUAAACAAAACCUAAUUAACUUGCUUGGACAAAGAAGUAGAGCUGAGCUAAUUAAAAGGUUUCAGGGGCGCUUCAAAAUGAAUUGACCAAACUGAGAUUUUCAAAUCUUUCUAAAACAGUGGUAGCAGGGUAAACAUUGAAUGCUGCUUUUAAAUGAAUUACAAAUUGAUGACAAACAAAUUAGAAUUUCCGUAUUUCUGCUUCUUGUAAUUAAGAAAAAGUCGAAAAAAUUAUUGUUCACGGGAAUUAAACAUUCAAAUGAAUUAGUUAAACAAACCCAAUGCUAUAUAUAAACAUCUAAUCUCUUCAAAUCUGAUCUUUUCAAAGCUGAUCUCUAGAGGCAUGUUGAGGAAAAAGGAAUCUAAAAGAAGUUUAUCUCAUCACAAACGUUAUUUUUACUCAAAGCGUUGCGGGGAAGGAGAGUUUUCUCAUUUCCGACUGCCAAAGAGAGAAUUAUUGUUCUUAAUAAUUUUAUAAUUGUGAACUUAUAGACAUAUCCAGCAAGACAAUUUCAUUCGAUUAAAGAAACUCGAAACAGCUUGAUCAAAGAGAAUUGCAGCAUCAACUCAGCACUGGUACAAAAAUGCAAAAUUGGUACGUAGCUAUAUUUAUCUCCGCUGCUUUUAUAAUCCUCUCUCUUCUAAACAUCACAUCAAACUCUUUGCUGAUCUAUGGACUACAUGAAUCCAACCAGCUCAAAAAUGUUUCCAACAAGCUUAUAAUGUCAAUGAGCAUCUCUGAUUUAUGCAUUGGAGUUCUUGUCCUACCAGUCCAGGCUUUACAUGCGCUAAAUGAGAUUACACUGGAUGCAUGGAUUAUGAAAGCAAUCUACAUACUGGCACAUUUUGUGACCUUAAAUUCAGGUCUGUUAUUGAUCUGUAUAGCUGUCGAUCGUUAUAUUCAUAUCACCAAACCAAGGCUAUACCAAUCGGAUUCAAACGGACGUCGACUCGUUGUCCUAGUCAUGGGCUGCUUCGUGAUUUCCUCUGUAUUUACAAUAACGCAUAUACUUCUAGAUUCCUUCUGGCAGUAUGUAGCAAUUGCUUUUUUGAACAUUUCUCUAAUGUCCGGACUGACCAUUCUAUACACAAAAAUGUAUAGAAAACUCCAACAGCACCAAAUCAAUGCACAGACGCGAUUGCAACAAAUUAACAACAACGGUCUUAGCACCAAUAACAGAAGAGUGGUGAAUGGUGAUUCCCAGGCAGGGCAACUUUCUGCUGUGAGAACCAUCCGUUUAGUGUUGGUGGCCAUUUUCAUUUGCUAUUUGCCCUUUACUGCCAUUGCACUUGUUGACAAAUUUUAUGAAUUUGAAUUAAGAGCUAAACCUGGUGAAACUUUUGGAACUCUCUAUGCUACAUGUACGUUUCUAAUAGAAGGAUCAACUGUUGUCAAUUCUGUGAUCAUAAUUUACGGCAACACAAGAUGCAAGCAAGCCAUUUUGUCGCUGUUUCGUAGUACAGUGGUGCCCCGUGAUUGAAAAAGAAUUUUUAUCACCAAACAAUAGCAUAGUAUAAUGCCUCAAGUUUUCAAACAAUGGAAAGUAUUGAAAUAAAUGAACAUUGCUAGCCAAAGACAUCAACAGAAUGCAGUCGUGGUUCAAAAACUUUGGAAGCUAAUCGUAGGCAUUUCAAAUGAAAGAGAAAGAUGCAGAUCUCAAAAGGCAUGUUCCGGGUAGGAAUGCAGAAUCAUUGAGCAACAGAACAUCCUCCAAUCUUGACAUCUUCAUGUAAUAGAGGUAGCUCUUGAUUCAUUGAAAGAAGAAUACAGUCUAAUAAUUUAUCUUGUUUUUGCAUUCAAUUAUAAAAUUCUCACUUCCACUGAUUCUGGUGCAAACCAAGAAAAAGAGAAUGCCCUUGUUCCACCAUGAAUAAUCCCUGGAAAUUGUUCCACGAUGAAUAAAUUUUUACAAAUUAGAAGUUUGGACGUGGGCAAAAAGGGCCUGACCGUCCAGCCAAACCUGACUUCGCCACUGAAUGCAAGUUUGGUAUUUUGGGCACCGAAAGUCGUGUAAUAAUAUUUUGAUUAUCGAAAUCACUAAUCAGCUGUUUCUUUUUUAGUUUUUUAUUCUUCUGAAUGAUCCAUAAUCUAUUUCUGAAAAUUCCUUCGGCAUUUUCAACGUUCAGUUUUAGAAUGACUAUAGUUGAUCGCUUUUUUACAUUGGUUCACGACAAAAACGAAUUUCAGUUUUUGCAAGUAUACCCACUUAUAAUUAGACAAAAUUGUUUUAAGAAACAAAAUAGGAAAAAUAUGAGAUUUAGUUAAAUACCUUCAUUACUCGAAACGAAAAUUCCAAACACUUAACUUUUGAAAAAGCUAGAAUUCGGAUCCCAGAUUUGUUUAAAUUCUAUUGGCGACUUGGCAUGAAAAUGUACAUGGAGCAUUGCAAAAAAUCUUUAUUUGUAACGCAUAGAGGCGCCGUUAGGUUGGAAGUGACCUUUGACUCGAUCACGUUCUAAUCAUUUCAUUUUUAUGUAUUCGCUUGAUGCUUGCUUUGCUGCUUAUUUGAUAAUUUUAAACAGUUCUGUUGAUAUUUGAUCCGUGUCUUAAUGUUCAUUGGUUAAUUUUAUGUGUAUCAUAAUUUUAGGACACUAAUUGGACAUUAGCUUAGGCUAUGUUCACAUUGCUCCGUAUUCAUUUUUAUCCGUUUUCGUAUCGAUCCGUUUUAACUGUUCACACUGCUCCGGAUACAUUAGAAAACGGUAUGAAAACGAUGAAGCGCUCACAUUGAUCCGCUCUGGAUAAAAAGGAAAACGCCACGAGCUGGUUUACAGCACUUGAACUGCCAAUAAACUUUUCAAACAGCUCACUGCCACUUAUAUUCCUCCGAGUAGUAUGCUAACUUCGAGUGAAUCAGCCAUGUUAAGAAAAGUUGUUCAAAUUAGCGCGGUCAAAGUAUCUUGCUGUGUUGUUGCUGUUGUUAGCAUUUUCAAAUAUAUCCGUUUUCGGUGUUCACACUGUGUUUUUGCGCUUUCAAAAGCCUCCGUUUUCAAAAGUCUCCAUUUUCAAAGUGCGUUUUCAAAAGUCUCCGUUUUCAAGGUGGAGCAUUGUGAACGCAAGGCACAAACGGAUACUUUUUUAUCCGUUUGUUAGAACACAGGGUUCCCAUUCAUUGCAGGACAUCACAUGACAAUUGCAUCAUUGCGCAUCAUCAGCUUCUGUAAAUUGAAUUAUUCUUAGGGUAUAUAAGGGGUGGCUUUAUAGUUAGGUUGAGUCUUGCCGUAAGCUUUGUCGAACUCAGUGUACCUUGUCGCUAGCUUGAAGAAUUGUGUUUGCCGUUACAUUGUCGUCGUUAGCCGUUUAAGAUUUCUUUAGUCGUUUGACGUGAACUGAUGAAUUAGAAGAAGUGUAUAGAGAAUUGAAUAACAGUUUUUGCCGUAUUUAUCGUGUACGUUUCUGCGAAAGACAUACGAACUCACGUUUGUAAAACCCCCUUUUUAAGUGGUUUUACACGUUUUCAUAUGAAUACGGAGCAGUGUGAACGGGGUCUUAAUCCGUCCUGUAUCUAGCGUGUCAGCUUUAAGGUGGUGUCAGUCUUGAGGGGCCAGCCGCUACGAGAGCAACUUUGUUGGUGAAAGAGAUUUGACGUUUUUGUCGAAGUAGAAGUCCAGAAACACUUGUCUUGCACAAGGUUCAGACUCAAGCCCAAGAUCCUUCAAGCAUCUGCUCUAAAGCUCGCAAAGAUAAUCACAAGGCCAUGAGUUAUGUUACUUGUUACAAUUUAGUGAUUUAGUGUUUUAAUCUCUUCAUGUUACUGUUUUUUACCGAAAAACUCGCAAUUCUUUAAUCUUCUUCUCUAGAUUAAGCAAAAAGGUUAACAUCUUGCUGUCGAUAGCGAUUUUGCUGUCACUGUUUGAAAAAAAGGGAUUUGACAAUAUAUUCAAAAAACAAAGAAAGGACUCAAUUUUUUUUAAGUACACAAACCAACUAAUGAACUUUCUUGUUGCUGCAUUCAAAUAAAAAACCUUUAAUUUCUGAUCAUUAUAGCGCAAUUGGAAAAACGAAGAAAGUGAUGAUGUCAGUUUAUUUAUCCAGAAAAUUAGAGAAGACUUAAUUGAAUUUGGAAUUGUCAGCAAAUAAGCUGAAAAGAUCCUUUGAUUAAUCAUCGAGAGAGCCCGGCAAUGUUUUGUGUAAAUAGAAGCUAUGAUUUUACAAAAAAAACAGGAAUGAAAAACAAACAUCAAGGUAAUUUCUUUUUAAUGCUCUCGAGCGACAGUUUUAUCCGGAUGAUAAUCACAGAGAGUGGACGCUCAAUUCUUCUCGAGGCAUUGACCAUUGAGGAGUGUUUCUAAGAUUUGAUAACUUUGGCUUUUACCAGAGCAAGUGACAACGAGCAGUGACCAAAAGAAUUGAAGAAACUAGAAGCAGA